AUGUUUGCAUCUAAACUCUCUAGCCCCUCCUGUUUGCAGGGAAUCGUUCCCAGACACAGGUGUCCUCUACAGUUGGCUGCCUCCGAAUCGUCAGGUCUACACUGUACUGGACCUAAAGGAUGCCUUCUUCUCACUCCCGUUGUCUGCAACGAUGAACCGUCAGAGCCACUGCAUGACUGCCUGGAAAUAGUGGGGUCAUUGACUAAUUUAAGAGCAGACCUCACUGAUCAACCAUGGCCAAACCCUGAUGAGGAGCUGUACACGGAUGGAAGCAGUUACAUAUCUGAAGGAGUCAGGUAUUCAGGGGCGGCUGUGGUCACGGCAGACUGGGUUGUUUGGGCUCAGGCUUUGAGUCAUGGGACUUCAGCCCAAAAAGCGGAACUCACAGCCUUAACCCAAACCCUGCGGUGGGGAAAGGACAGAACUGUUACUAUCUACACAGAUAGUAGAUACGCCUUUGCAAUGGCUCAUGUACACGGAGUGCUUUAUCAGGAGCGAGGCCUACUGACCUCUAAAGGCAAGGAGAUAAAGAAUAAACUUGAAAUUCUGGCCUUGUUAGAAGCCAUAUGGUUACCAAAAAAUGUGGCUAUCAUCCACUGUAAGGGGCACCAGACGGCUAAUUCCCCAAUAGCAAAAGGAAAUGCUUUUGCUGAUGUGAUGGCCAAAGAGGUAGCUCAAAAACCAGUGGGGCCUCUCCAGAUUCUUCCUGUUUUGUCUGAAUGGCUUCUACUACAUUCCCCAACCUAUACCAAUGGAUAAAAUAAAUUGGGAAAAGCCUUAAAGGUUAGAACUGCUACAAGAGGGUGAAAGGUCCUUCCAGACAACAGAAUUCUGGUUCCCGAACACCUGGGGCGAGACCUGAUUCGGCAAAUACACCAGAGUGCCCACCUUGACAGCACAAGACUGACUGAACUCCUCCAGAGGGACUACUACAUCCCUCGACUGCACCAAAUGGCCCAACAGGUAACGACGAUGUCUCGCCUGUGCUCAAGUGAACUCAGGUAAGGGAAUUAACCCCCCUCCGGGAACUAGACUAAGGGGGAAAGUCCCAG